UAUUUGCCUAAAAAUUUCAUUUUACGAGAUAAACAAAUGCUUGCAAAAUAUCAAUAUAUAGAAUUAUAUAAGAAGUAAAUAUUUCUCGAUAUGAUAAGUAUGUUUCAAUAUUCAAUAAAAGCGCCUUUAGUUAUUAGUAUUGUAUCAUGCGUAUGUCAUUCGCAUUAACUGCCUUUACUGAUACUCUGUGACGGCUAGGGCAUUGCAUUGUGCGUAGGUUAUGCCAUAUUAGUCAACCUUGUCAUAGUAAUUCGUGUUGUCAAAAUUGACACAUUAAAGAUAAAUAAUGGGACAAUCUCAAGAUUGUAUCGUAACUCUUCGGGAGCCUUACGACGAAACUGGUGAUAAUGGAUUUAUUCUUGGUAAUAAAUAUAUUCCAGAGGAAUUACUGGCAGAAUUUCUUUGUCACGUUGACAACAAAACUCUAUUAAAUUGUCAGCUGGUCUGCAAACGUUGGAAAAUAUUAAUACAUAGCUAUGUAUGGCGUAAAAAAGCUGAGAUGACAUUAAAUCGUCCACAUACAUUAGACACAGAUAUGCCUUGGAAAGCAUAUUAUAUGAUAGCCAAAAAGAGACCGUUUGAAAAAAAUUUAAUAAAAAAUCAUUCAGGAGAAUACGGCGUACAAAAAUAUUGGAAAAUCUUUACAGACGGUGGUGAUCAUUGGAAGGUUGAAAAUCCACCUUGUGGAGUUCCACCUAUACCAAAAAAUGUUCCUGUUUUUGAAAAAAAAGAAUAUUGCUUUGUAACGUCUUAUAAUAAUUGUUCCAAAAUGCAAUUAAUAGAUUUAGAAGCAGAGGGAUUGUUGUCGUAUGUAUUGGACGUUUUACAGCCAACCAUAGUGGUAAGUGAAUGGUAUAGUUGUAGAUGGGAUUGUCCUGCUCAUUACGAAUGUACAAUAGAAUUAUUAAGGAGCGAUAAUAAAGUUAUGAAAACAUUCCAAUUUCAUGAUGAUAUUGAAGGAGAUAAACAAAAUCAAUGGUUAAAUGUUAGUCAUGAAUUUAAAGACUACGGGCUUGGUCUUAAAAAAAUUAGUUUCUAUCAUGGAGGAAUGGAUAAGUCCUUUUGGGCAGGACAUUAUGGUAGUAAAAUGGCUGGUGCUUGUGUUAUUGUUAAAAUACCUGAAAAUGAUGAGCAUCGGUGUGAGGAAGACACAGAUACAAAUACGGAUACAGAUACGGAUACAGAUACAGAUACAUAUAAAAGCUCUAAUACGGAUUAAUAAAGAAACUUAAUCCAUAUUCUAUAUAACAACGUAUAAAGUAUUUUUUCGAUGUAAGAUAGGAAG